AUUUAUUGUUCCUGCUCGAGGACCGUGGGCAGCCUGGGACCGUCUGGGAGCAGCUCUGAGUCCUUAUACCAUGGCACCUAAGAAAGCCAAGAAGAGACUAGAGGGAGCCAACUCCAAUGUCUUCUCCAUGUUCGAGCAGACGCAGAUCCAGGAAUUCAAGGAGGCUUUCACCAUCAUGGACCAGAACAGAGACGGCUUCAUCGACAAGAACGACCUGAGGGACACCUUCGCCGCACUGGGACGUGUGAACGUGAAAAAUGAGGAGAUUGAUGAAAUGAUCAAGGAAGCUCCAGGUCCCAUCAAUUUCACUGUGUUCCUGACCAUGUUCGGAGAGAAACUUAAGGGUGCAGACCCUGAGGAGACCAUUCUCAAUGCUUUUAAAGUGUUUGACCCUGAAGGCAAAGGGGUCCUCAAGGCUGACUACGUUCAGGAGAUGCUGACCACCCAGGCCGAGAGAUUUUCCAAGGAGGAGGUGGAUCAGAUGUUUGCAGCCUUCCCACCAGACGUGACAGGCAACCUGGACUACAAGAACUUGGUGCAUAUCAUCACCCACGGGGAAGAGAAGGACUAAGGCUGGGGCAGAGCCCCCGUCUUCUCUGUUCUGUAACACCCCUCCACGCAGCCCCCAGUCCUUCAGCCAUGUGGUCCCUUGUUUAGCUGACUGGUGGCUCACGGCUUCAGGCUGAGACCCAGCCCGAGGCCAAGCUCUAAUAAACGGGAGUGUGUGUCA